GUACGUUGUUUGCUCUCUGCCAGAAAGGUUCCCAAGUUAUUUUGGCCUGAAGCUGUAAACUGGACAUUUUAUUUAUUGAAUCGAUGUCCAACGCAUGUUGUGAGGAACAUCACUCCACAAGAAGCUUAGAGUGGAAUUAAACCUUCAAUAUACCAUUUUCGAGUUUGGGGAUGCCUGGCUCAUGUGCACAUACCAGAGGCAAAAAGAGGCCCAGAUCAAAAAGCAUAGAGCAGAAAAGCUCUUAGCUAAAAUAGAAGCGUCGAUGGUUCCAGCUGGUCAUGAUUAUGCCCAGGAAAUAAUCACAAAUGAAGAACGUGUUAUGUUCCAUAAAGUUAUUUUAAGAAUGAAACCAUACUUACCAUUUGGUAUACGUGGUGCUUUUGAUGGUCUUGUCGAGUAUAUGCAUUUGCAUUGGAAACACCGAGAACUUGUAAAAUUGAUGACAUAACAAAAGACUCUUUUUGUGGAAGACAAAACAAGGUUACUUGAAUAUGAGAGUGGCGGAGUACUGGUUGCAAUACAAAAAGUUUCCAAAGGAUUUGCUCUUAUUUACUAUCGUGGAAAGAAUUAUAGGCGGCCAAUUAAUCUGAGGGUAAGAAACCUUCUAACGAAGGGAAAGGCACUAAAGCGACAUGUACGUAGCCAUGCAACGACAUGAGGUUCCUGUUUUCUAUAUGAGAAUUACUGAUCUAUUUCUGACUUCGUAUCUAUGAUGUUACAUUUGGUCUUGUGUGAAAUGUGUAGGCUCUGAGUCAGCAUAUUACUGAACUGGAAAAAACUAUAGAACAAUUGAAAAAAGAACUUGUAAGUAUUGUUGACUUAUCAGAAAUUAUUUAGUAUUAUUUUGAUGAAGUAGAGAGGUCAUUGCUAACAGUGAGACAAAAAUGACUUGAUUGGUUACAGUCCUUAAAAAUGGUUUCUUCAUUAUCACCAGUUGACAAGACAACAACUACCCCAUCCCAAGAAUAUCUUGAUUCCACAUAUUUCGAGUUAUAGACUCUUAAGUCAAUCUUAACCAUUGAAACCCAUGUGCUUCUUGUGCCUAGACUGACAUUAUGCUAUGAGAUAUGCUUUCGAUAUUUUGAACACGUGAGAUUGGUCAUAUUAUGAACCCGUCAGAUGGCUUCAUAAUUAGUUUGGAAUGAUUUAUAUCUGAUUUUUAUAUAACAUGUCAAUCGACUCUGUUUGAUUAUAGUUGUUGAAUGCUUUUUUUAUCUUUUCUAAAUCAUUUUUGAACUAUGCUAUGUGUUUUUGGUGUUUAUAUUUUCACUAUUAUCAUUCUUAUUUCGCGAAAAUACAGAAGAAAAAAAAAUUGUGAAUAAUGGAGUCAAGAAGAGGAUGGAAUUAGAGGUUGU